GGACGGACUGGAGGCUCCUGCUUGCAAAAGUUGACUUGAUACAUAAUAAAAGAUGGUGGUUAGUGCCCCUUUCAUUAGCUGAAUAACUCAGACCUUAUGAACAAAAUCCGAAAGAUAGUGAAUCGUUGUUAAUAAUAAGUCUGAACAUGUAGUGAUUAGUCGAAUUAGGUUACAUAUGAAUAGAAAUAUGAAUGGGAAACCAAGUACAACUUGAGAUGCAAAAUAGACUGAAAAAUGUACAUAUUUAACAUAGUAUGGAAUACAAGAACUCCAAAUAAACAAUCAUGAUGCAUUGCAAUGAAAACAGUAGGUACAUCGUUCAGGUUUAUGUGGGGGCCCUAUCAGCUCUGUACGAAGCCCUCUCAGUAGAAGCUAGCAAGCAAACAACAUCUGAAGAAAUUGUUUCGUGUAUAGUAGAACGAUUAUCACUGAAUGAUAGUGCUUCCUAUGAGUUGACAGAGGUAAUAGGAGAUAGUUUCGGACAAGAAUGCAAAGAGCGGAGCUUGUUACCAAAUGAGAGUCCUGUUCAACUUAUGAUACUCUGGCCUAAAAACAGACCUGAUCAAAGUUCGUUUAAAUUUUACUUGCGAGAAAAAAUAAAUGACUAUGUGUGGAGGGACCAGUUUGUCAUGGAUCCACAGCUUAUCAAAGACUAUUUUCAUAGAUUUCUCUAUCAACCUAAGGAUAGAGAAUAUCCUGACUUGUGUCAACUACCAGAUUUGAACGAACAAACACUACUAGAAAACCUUAGAGCUCGGUUUGUCGCUGGGCAUAUAUAUACCUAUGUGGGCUCAAUUCUCAUAGCUCUCAAUCCUUUCAAAUUUUAUCCAAUUUACAAUCCAAAAUAUGUUAAACUCUAUCAGAAUAGACGUUUGGGGCCCAAUUUACCACCACACAUUUUUGCAGUGGCUGAUACUGCUUACCAUUGUAUGUUGAAAGACAGAAAAAAUCAGUGCAUUGUUAUUAGUGGUGAAAGUGGUUCGGGGAAGACUGAAAGUACUAAUUUUUUAUUGCAUCACCUGACUGCUUUAAGUCAGAAGGGAUCUCAUGGAAGUGGAGUGGAACAAACAAUCUUGAGUGCGGGGCCUGUGCUCGAAGCAUUUGGGAAUGCAAAGACGGCUCAUAAUAAUAAUUCAAGUCGCUUUGGAAAAUUCAUUCAAGUCAACUACAAAGAAAAUGGAAUGGUACACGGAGCCGUUGUUCAGAAAUAUCUUUUAGAAAAAUCCAGAAUAUGCUCUCAGGGUCGCCAUGAACGAAACUAUCAUGUGUUCUACUACUUACUGGAAGUACUGAUCCAAAACAAGCACCAGACCUGCAGUAUUCUUCUCGACGCGCGUUUCACCAGACAAGUUUUCAGGAGAUGAAGAAAUCUUCUGGUUCAGGAAAAAUGUUUGUCUUGGAUUUAUUCUACAUCAGUGAUUCCAAUUAUAACUUUCACUAAAUACUGAUAUUGAAAAUAAUCUCUGAAAUUUCAACAGACUUGGUGGGCACUACUAUAUUUUCCACAAUAUUUCAUCACAUGUUAUUUUACUUGUAAAUGUUUUCGAAAAUUUCAGUACAUGAAAAUUUUACAAUAUGGCAACUCCUAUCAAAUCGAAAUAAUAGAAAAAGCUAAUUAAUAUGCUUAUUGAAAAAUUACAAGCUGUUGAUAUUACAACAAAAUAGGCCAGAGACGAUGCAGAUUUCUUACCAUUGGAUCAAAUCAUGAAAAAACUGAAAUUAUAAUAGGAGAAGAUAUAGAUUUAAUUGUUAUUUUAAUUGGAUGUACCCUAUCUCAUCAACAAGAAUUUUUCUGUGAAAAAGUUGGCAAAGGAAUUAAAAACUGAAAUACACUCUUCCAAAAGUUUUGAUGAAUAUCAUCGUCCUAAAAAACACAUUUUGUUUCUGCACGCAGUAAGUGGCUGUGACAUGACUUCUACGCUCUUUAAAAAAAGAAAAAAAAACUUUUUUAAGAACACUCGAGAAACUUCCGAAUUUGGAUCAACUUGCUGCAGCAUGUGAAGAAGAAAAAUGCCGGCUCAAACAGUAUUUAAAAUGGAGUGCAAAGUGCAGGUUAACAAAACUUAACAAACUUGUGCAUCUGUGCAAUUAUCAAAUCUUCCACCAACGAGUGCAGCAGCUCACCGACAUUUCAACCGUGUUUGUUGUCAAGUUCAGUCUUAGGGCACGAUUUAAAACCUCAGGAUUGGUGUGAUGAAUCCCUGGAACCAAUUACGACAAUUUUGCCACCAGCUCCAGAGAAAAUUUGAAAUUUUACUGCGAGCGGAAGACGAUGAUGACGAAGAAGAAAAUUGAAAUUCAAUGUUGUAGUCUUAUUAUCCUUUUUUUUUUAUUUUAACGUUCA